GCUGCGCAACGUUUUCGAUCUUCCCUCUCGCCUUCGACCCCUAUGGGAGGACCUUUCCACCCCUGUGAUGUGAGCUGUCACCGCCAAUCUAUAGUAAAGGGACUUGGGACAGUUGUAAAGUAACAGCGCUUUUGGCCGUACAUAAAAAUAUUUUGAUCGUGGAAGGCCUAUUUUUGUGUCGAUCUAACCUUCUUGUGCGUUUGGUGAAUCGAGAGUGCUGUGCGUCCUAGUGGUCAAAACUUUUGUUGUUUUUCGAUUAUGUUGGAGUUUUAUCCAAAUUUGAACUUGAAUGGGACUGUCCUGCCGGACCAUGGAAUAUCAGUGCAGGAUUGUAGUAGAGCAGAUCCGACGCUUAUCAAAUGUGAAAAAACGUACGAAAUGUGCGAGGGCUGUGGUAGGAAAAUUCACGACAGAUAUCUCAUGCGAGUGGGUGAUGCAAGUUGGCACGAGCACUGUUUAGCCUGCUGCGUAUGUGGCGUCCUUUUAAAUCAUUCCUGUUACACAAGAAACACUAAACUAUAUUGCAAGGCUGAUUAUGAUAGGAUAUUCGGAGUCAAAUGCUCAAGAUGCGGAGACCGUCUGCUGCCACACGAGAUGGUGAUGCGAGCGCAGCAGCACGUAUUCCAUCUUCCCUGCUUCGUCUGCGUCAUCUGCUGCCAGCCGCUGCAGAAGGGUGAGCAAUUUGUUAUCAGGGCCGGACAGCUGUUCUGUCGACAGGACUACGAGAAGGAAAUGUAUCUUAUGCAAGCAGGAUCGGGAGAUGAUGACAUGUUAGAUGAAAACAGUAGGCCUAGAGAUGGCCGAAGAGGUCCAAAAAGACCUCGGACGAUAUUGACAUCUGCCCAGAGGCGUCAAUUCAAAGCAUCAUUCGAAGUAAGCCCGAAGCCUUGUAGAAAAGUUAGAGAAGCGUUAGCCAAAGAAACUGGGUUAUCUGUUCGAGUUGUCCAAGUCUGGUUUCAGAAUCAACGAGCAAAAAUGAAGAAGAUCCAGAGGAAAGCCAAAGCUGAUGAUGGUAAAGGGGACAAAGACAAAGGGGAUAAAGAAGACAAAGUAAUCAAAGAAGAAUCGCCUUCCAACGAUCACUAUUUGGAUACUUAUCCAACACAUUCUGGAGACAGCUUCUGCAGUUCGGAUAUAUCGCUAGAUGGCAGUACCAAUUUUGAUCAACUUGACGAAGCAACUUCAGAUACCCUAUCCCUGCAAAACCUAGAGCUUCAAUCCAGUCACCAUCAACAUGAUUCCCUACCUUCAUCUGGAUCGAUAGCUAAUCCGAUUGACAAACUCUACCUCAUGCAAAAUUCUUAUUUUAGCACGGAACAAUAAGCAAAUACUAUUUUUGUUUUCUCUCAGAUGUUUAUUAUAUCAUUGUUUUUUUUUGUAUAUAGUAUUUAUUUUUAUAGUUUUUUUUUAUAUACCAUUCAUUUUUUUCUAACGUCAGCAAUCUAACCACUGAGAUUGAUACACUAUAGGAAAAAAAAUUAUUUUAUUCAAAGCAAAGACGAACUUAUGUUAGCCUCAAGUUUCCUAUCCUAUUUUGAUCAUUUUUAGUGAAUUUUGUGUUUAUUUCUAGAAACUCAUUUUCACAUUUUAUUUUUGUGUUCAAUUUCAGUGAAGAAACAGUGACGUAUACUGUAUUUGUACAUAUGUAAUUAUUAUUUACAUAAAAACCGCUUGUUCCUUCUAUUACCAAACCUGAUUGCAUUGUAAAAUAAAGCACGUGCUACAUU